AAUAGAUCACCGGCUCUGGCAGACGGUAAUUGCACUGCACAUAUCUUAUAACGUACAUCUAUACAUGUUUUUUAAGACAUUCCUGACCCGUAUAGCGGUAAUUACGGCUUCAGCUAUUAAAAAUAUCAUCUGUGAAUAACAUUUGAGGAUUUAUACUGAUGAUUCUUGUACUGAUAGUACUGACUUUUCUAGAGUUCCCCAUUUGAAAUACAAAUUAUAAUUAAGUUUCCAGUUAUCUUGGAUGGAAAGCAAUUUUAUUUCGAUUGCAUUAUUGGGAAUAAAGAUCUUACAUUAUGUCUGAGUUUUAUAAGACGGAGACGCAUAACAUUAUUUUGAUACACCAUUUAAUAAAGAAGGAAAUAAACAGUUGUUAAAUAUAUCAACAGGAAUAUUGAAAUUUGGGCAAUAAUGCAGAUUUUACCAUGGGACGGUCCAAUAUAUUAUCAGUGCAAUGGAAUUUGUAUUCUCUGGAUAGGCACCAAAGGCAAUAACAGUAUCGCAAACAAACUAUAAGCAUGAUAUUUGUAAGACUUCACUUACAAGAAUAAGUACCAGUGCGCACAAAACAUUAUGAAUGUCAAUCUGCCUUGGCAUGAAGAAUCACUCAUGGGUUCCUUGUGAGACGGGUACGUCAGAAGUCCCGCGAGAUUCGCUAAGACGGAUAGCUGGGAGCGAGAUUUACCUGGUAACGAAUACAUGUCUUCUUACCUGACAGGCCAAAAGCUUUGGCAUUGUUUUCUCGAGGGAAACAAUUCCCCAUGUAUGCUUUGAGUAUUCGCCUUUAUACCUUGGCUCUGUAAUCGCAUACAGGAACACUUAAGCGGUAUCGCUUGCUCGCUUUGGCAACACUCGCACAGAGACCGGUGGUUAUCUUCAUCUUUGAAAUUUCGCCUUCCUGAAAUAUAGCACCUGCUUAGGUUGAUUGUUUGUUUACAAAUACAAAUCAACACCGGGGAUCGUUCUUGGUCAAAUUUUACUACGCAUUCGGUUUAAAUAAACAAUUUUAAACAUUGUGGUUUGGAAUUAGUGCUGUAAUCAAAAAGGAAUUAAAAUGGCAACUGCAACCACUGUGAACAUGCAACGACAGUCGAUCAACCAGCCCUGGGGCAUGAAGAUCUGUGGGGGUCGGGACUUCCGGAUGCAGCUUCAGGUGAAAAAGGUGGAUGCCAACUCACCAGCGGCUGGGUUCGUAAACAAUGGUGACGCCAUCAUCGCCAUCGGGGGAACCAGCGCAGAGUCCCUUACGCACAUGCAGGCGCAUCAGCUGAUCAAGAGCGCCGGAAACCACCUGCAACUCACCGUUUUACAGGGACAUUUUAAGGACAUUCAGGGCUUGAAACCAAAGGGACCCGUUAAGUUCUCACCCUGGAGGAGCAAGCAACAAUAGACACAGCGCCUCGCCACAAGGACCCCAGUCUCGUGGUUGGAACUUUUAAUCAUUCACUAUAGACACGUUAUUUCUGCGUGCUUCGAAGAAUGUGCCAUAAAUACGAACGUUGUUAAGUUUGUUCUUGUCGCCGUAGCAUGAUAUAUCAGUCUAUAUAGUGUAGGCUAUUAUAUUGUAAGUUUUCGAUGAAUGUUUUUUUGCGUUUUGGGAGUCUACGAUUAAGUAUGAAUUUAAGAACGUUUGCUUUUAAUUGGGCUGAACUAUUGUAAGCCAUUGGAGGUCUUUAAGGUGGAUUUUAGACGACGCGGAUGCGAUUCUUUCUGUGAAAACAGGGCUAAAUGCAUAUGAGCACGUGCAGUCCUAUAAGGGACUCGUCUGGGACUACACUUUAUGAGCACGUGCAGUCCUAUAAGGAACUCAUCUGGGACUACACUUUAUGCGCAUUAAGCCCAGUUAUCACAGAAUACGACUCAAACAGGAAUGGUAUACACGUGCAUGGUUGUUUAAGCGGCGCAGUGUGGUUCGUUAUGUUUAGGUCCUUCUUUUAAUGUGUAUGAUAUUGUUUGUCCACAAUAUUACUCGUGGAAACUAUUAUAGUUUUUGAUUGCGUUCUUAAAAAUCUGUACGAGUGUUGAAGUGAAUUGAGUUUUAUUUGUUUUGCGAGCAUAUAAUCACAUUCCCUUGCGUUUGAUUGGGUAAUUUACACCCUGCAAAUAUAGCUUGCAGUUGAAUAUACAAAUGCGUCAAUGGAAAUUGGCCACCAAAUUCUUACCUGGCAACUAUAUAACACAAGAUCUCGCCGAAUAACGCUUGGCGGCAAUCCAAGACAGUAUUUCUUGAUUCUUACUUUCGCCAUAAGAAAUGUGUUUUGCUCAUAUCAUUUAAACGGAGAAACCCAAAACAUAUUUAAUCCGGCAAAAGUCACAAACUGACAACGAAGCCGCGUUAAAAAAGUUGUUUUCCAACAAAGAGAUUUUUUACUUGCGUUGUCACAUUUUAUAUCAAUGUUUAAUAUGUGUAUACAUACAUGUAACUAUGAUUUCGAGAAGAAAUAUAAUGUUAUGCGGUUGAAAUGUUCAUGAAGUUUCUUCCAUGCCAGGUAAUUGCUUUCAGUGAUAUAUAAAACAUGCUAGUAUACAAAGGUACAAAGAAUUAUACAUAAACUACUAUACCUGCUACAAAUUCGAUAGUUUCGAGCUCAAUAGUUUUAGCAUAUAAUUUGUUUAGCCAAAAUCUCCAAUUGUUCAUGUGGGACUGUAAAUUUUGUAAACCACUCCGUUGAUUGUUAUGAAUUUAGUAUACUGUACUUCAAGAAACAUAACCCGAGUUUUUGGCCUGACUGUUUUGCUCUUCUAUAAUAACUUAUUUGCUCAUAAUAGCAUGCACGUAACGUGUUAUAGUUAUGAUUUUUUUAAAAUAUCGUACAUCAUAUAUUUAUUUAAAAAAAAACAUGUUUUGUGCCAGUCUUUGUUUGCCGUGUAUAUAUACAUACCUAAUCAACGUCCGUCCAAGGGUGAACAUAAUUAUUCUCUACUCUUUUUUGGUAUCGUCGUCUUGGUUUAUAUUUUAAUUAUAUAUUGCGUUAAGUAGUACGUUUCAUAGACGUUUCUUUUUUAUGGCCUUUAUGGCCUAUAAGACAUAAAACUGCUCUAUUGUUGGACACUAUUCUCUGCUUUACCGGGUAUAUGUGUUUUUUUAUAUGUGCCAGCCUAUUGUCAACGGUACACUUAAGCUAUUAUCAUUUUCAGUGAAUGUACCUUAUCAAGAAUCGUGCUCUUGUCGUCUUAAUUAAUCACGUGUUUUUUCAUGCAAAUUGAUAAAAUCACUAACACGCCAUAUAUUUUAACCACAUUUGGCUUCUUUAAUUAUUUGUCUUGCUUGUGGACUGUUGUUUGUUGACAUAUUUGAAUAUGAUACAUAAUAAAACAUAUUUUUGAA